UUCUUCCUGGGACUCUCUAGGCUUCGAUCGCUUUUCAGUGGUUCUUCCGGUUUCUCUACUCGUACUGUUCCCGCCUCUUCCUUUUCGCCGUUGGGAUUUGAGGAUCUCUCGCGAGACUUAGGCCUCUUCCUAGGCCGGCGCUCUCACCGAGGAGAAGGCCAUGUUCAGUUCGAGCGCGAAGAUCGUGAAGCCCAAUGGCGAGAAGCCGGACGAGUUCGAGUCCGGCAUCUCCCAGGCUCUCCUUGAGUUGGAGAUGAACUCCGACCUCAAAGCCCAGUUAAGGGAGCUGAAUAUCACGGCAGCCAAGGAAAUUGAAGUUGGCGGUGGUCGGAAAGCUAUUAUCAUCUUCGUUCCCGUUCCUCAACUGAAAUCUUUCCAGAAAAUCCAAGUCCGGCUAGUCCGUGAAUUGGAGAAAAAGUUCAGUGGGAAGCACGUUGUCUUUAUUGCUCAGAGGAGAAUUCUGCCUAAGCCAACUCGAAAAAGCCGUACAAAAAAUAAGCAGAAGCGUCCCAGGAGCCGCACAUUGACAGCCGUGCAUGACGCGAUCCUGGAGGACUUGGUUUUCCCAAGUGAAAUUGUGGGCAAGAGAAUCCGUGUGAAACUGGAUGGCAGCCGGCUCAUAAAGGUUCAUUUGGAUAAAGCACAGCAGAACAACGUGGAGCACAAGGUUGAAACUUUUUCUGGGGUCUAUAAGAAGCUCACAGGCAAGGAUGUUAACUUUGAGUUCCCCGAGUUUCAGUUGUAAACAAAAAUGAUUAAAUAAAACUUUCACAGUA